AUGGUGAAGGCAUGGUUUAUGGACUCCUCAGAUGAAGAUCAGAGGCUUCCUCAUCAACUUGAUCCGCCUCAGCCAGUGUCCUUAGAAGAUUUGGAGAACUGUGGCGUGCUGUACUGGAAGGUGAGUAGCUCGGAUCACGCGAACUGAAUGCUCGUCACGUAUCACAGACUGGCUGCAUAAUUUGCAUGAUUUCUAUAGCAAUUAUAUGGGCUUUAGAACAUGCAAACUGCUAAAUUAAGGAUUUCGGUGUAAUAUUCUGCUACUGAUAACGGUGUAGGACUUUAGAAGUACCCUUAAUUCACAAAAUCCCUUCUACUCCUUGUUAUCUUCGCGCCAUAUCAAUUUUAGCUGGAAAUUAUCCGCAGUUUUUUUAAAGCAUAUACGGAGUAUAAGAUCAUGAUUAACAAAUUUGUAGCUAUGACUUAUGGAUUCCUUUUUAGAUUGAUGGGCAUUGCCUUAGGUAGUUUAUUAUUAUUUAUUUUUUGUUUAUUUGUUUUGGUUCAAAUUGAGUUGUUUUCCUUUGUUUUGGGGGAGUUUAAUGCUUGUUUGAAACAACAAGGAAGAAAUUAAGCCAAGGCUAAAAUGUAAUUCAACCACAACUAGACUGAGAAGACAGCCAAGAUUUUGUGGGACCAAAACUGGUAUCCCUGCAUGAUGUCUACGUUGCCAUACCAACGGCAAAUCACUACAUUUACUCAGAUCUGCAUAGUGCUUCUGAUUGGUUGAAGCAAAAUUUCCCCUGCUAGUACCUAGCCUGCGCCACAGACGAAACUAACCUCUGGUUAAGUCUGCCUGUGAAACAGCGCCAAGAUUGGCCUGUUAACCCUUUAAGCCCCAGUAUCCAAAUACAAACUCUCCAGACUGAUCUCCAUACAUUUCCUGCAAGAAUUGGUUAAGAGAAUUUGAUAGCAGAUCAAAGCUUUUCCCAUCAGGUGAUUAUUUUAUUGAUUCUCACAACAUUUUCCAUUGAUUAUGUAUUGAUUUUGUUGGGAGAAAAUUGACUUUGGUCACUCUUGAGGGUUAAAAAUGUCAUUGUUGAUAUGCCAAUCAAGAUCAAAGGAAAUUCCAAAUGUUGUUCUGGUAAUUCAUCAAAUCUGUUGGUGGCCCAGAACAGGGAUAUCGGCGCUGCUUCGCAGAUGUAACCCACAGGUUGAAUCAUGUCUGCGAUGCAGGCUAACGGGUACCCUGAUCUAAUUAGUAGUAUCAUCAGUAUGGAAUUUCUGUGCGCAUUCCUCAAACGUUAUUUCAUGAUGAAACCAGUGUUAGCAUUGCAAAAUGUUGGCUGUUUUCUUAAGCUAAACCACAACAGAUACAACAAUGUUACAACCAAUCAAUUAUGUACAAUGUGAAAUAACUUUGUGGUUGUUACAUGUACCUUAAUAGUUGGAUGCUGAUAACUUUGACCCUACCCGAUGGCGGCACAUACCUGUAUGGCUUAUAUAAGGUAGUACCCCCCCCCCCCCCCGGGCCCAAGCAAAAAAAAAUAACAGACAUUUGACUAAAAUAAACUCCCGCUAUUACAGACUCUCGCUAAUGAAGACACUACCUCGUGGUGUCUACAGUGUCUGCUUUAAUGAGAGUUGAUUGUAUUCCGUAACAUGUUGAGUUUAUAUUACGCUUAGAGAAUAGACGUUUUGGCUUUUUUAGGUGACUCUUUAGACUUUGUGGGUAAGCCGGGGCAUGUACGAGGCGAGCGCGGAGCACGAGUCACACCUUCGCGCGCGACUCGCGAUUGCUUCCGCUCGCGCUUGAUCCGGAACACGAGAAAGUAAUCAACGCCUGUUCGCUGCAGCGGACGACAAUGUAGGUUGAAUAGCUCGUACUUAGCACGUCUUCUAUUUAUUUCGAUGCUCAAGGAAAAGGGGGCGAGCAGGGAAAAGAAAAGCAUCUUCAUGAUCGUUCAAGAACAAUAAAUUCUUGAGUUAAGAAAUCUGGAACCCCUAUACAUAUAAGGCAUUGUAAUAUAAGUAAGUGCCUUUAGGAUCGGGAUUAGCCGUAAAUAAUAGUCGGGAUUAGCCCAGAUUUAGGGAAAAUUAACGGUUGGGAUGGCGAGUUUGAAAAACCCUGUUAGCGGAUGUCGUGUUGAUGGGCUUAUUCUAUUUUGCGAAAGUUUAUUUUCACGUGGUAUGAUCACCUUGAAGAAUUAUAUAGACCAUUGAUUUUCAGCAAAAGAGAAUCUCUUGUUUUCAGUCAUUUUUCUUUCAUUUCGGUCUGGCUCAACCGGCGCCUCUCAGAGUGGUAGCUCAUCAUGAUCAGCACGAAAACCUUACGGGUAAAAUCAUCAUAAGAUGAUCGGCAUUAUUGCGUAACCUUCAAAUUAUAAGGAUUUUAAUGGGGGAGGGGUGGGAGAAGAUAGUUUCUGUAACCUGGUAACCUACGAACGUAAAGGAAUUUUUAUAAAAACGAAAAUCAAUUAGACUUACGUUAAUUGUGUGCUUCUUUUUUCCUGUGUGGUCCCCGAGCCUAUAAAUGGCCAUUUUAUGGUUUUUUUGAGCCGUUGCCAGCCCAUUUUUACGCUUGGGUAACCUGUGGUAAAUAAGGGGAACGUGUUACAUUUCGCGUGUUUCCAGGCCCCUUGAGAAUUUUGCAAUCGCUAUAUUUUCUCUUGUCUCUUUGCAGAGUUUUUUGGCGAUUAAUUCGUUUUGACGUGAGUAGUACUAUUUUCUUCGAGAUAUUAUUUUUAGGCUUUUUCGGAGCGUUAGUUGUUGUCUCCUGAAUGAUCGCAGCAAGCCAAUAUCUGUUGUCAGAAGUUACCCUAAACAUGUUCGCUAUCGUAAACAGGUUAAAAUGGUGAAGGCAUGGUUUAUGGACUCCUCAGAUGAAGAUCAGAGACUUCCUCAUCAACUUGAUCCGCCUCAGCCAGUGUCCUUAGAAGAUUUGCAGAACUGUGGCGUGCUGUACUGGAAGGUGAGUGGCUCAGAUCACGCGAACUGAAUGCUCGUCACGUAUGACAGACUGACUGCACAAUGUGCAUGAUUUCAAAAGCAAUUAUAUGGGCUUUAGAACAUGCAAACUGCUAAAUUAUGGAUUUCGGUGUAGUAUUCUACUACUGAUAACGGUGGAAGACUUUAAAAGUACUCUUGAUUCACAAAAUCCCCUCUAUUCUUUGUUAUCUUCGCGCCAUAUCAAUUUUAGCUGGAAAUUCUCUUCAGUUUAUUUUAGGCAGACACAUGGUAUAAGAUCAUGACUAACAAAUUUGUAGCUAUGACUUAUGGCUUCCUUUUUAGAUUGAUGGGAAGUGCCCUAGGUAGUUUAUUAUUAUUUAUUUUUUGUUUAUUUGUUUUGGUUCAAAUUGAUUUGUUUUCCUUUGUUUUGGGCGAGUUUAAUGCUCGUUGAAACAACAGGGAAGAAAUUAAGCCAAGGAUAAAAUGUAAUUCAACCACAACUAGACUGAGAAGACAGCCAAGAUUUUGUGGGACCAAAACUGGUAUCCCUGCAUGAUGUCUGAGUUGCCAUACCAACGGCAAAUCACUACAUGUACUCAGAUCUGCAUAGUGCUUCUGAUUGGUUGAAGUAAAAUUUUCCCUACUAGUACCUAGCCUGCGCCACAGACGAAACUAACCUCUGGUUAAGUCUGCCUGUGAAACAGCGCCAAGAUUGGCCUGUUAACCCUUUAAGCCCCAAGAUCCAAAUACAAACUCUCCAGACUGAUCUCCGUACAUUUCCUGCAAGAAUUGGUUAAGAGAAUUUGAUAGCAGAUCAAAGCUUUUCCCAUCAGGUGAUUAUUUUUUUGAUUCUCCCAACAUUUUCCAUUGAUUUUGUUGGGAGAAAAUUGACUUUGGUCACUGUUGGGACUUAAAGGGUUGAAAAUGUCAUUGUUGAUUUGCCAAUCAAGAAAUUCCAAAUGUUGUUCUGGUAAUUCAUCAAAUCCGUUGGUGGCCCAGAACAAGGAUAUCGGCGCUGCUUCGCAGAUGUUACCCACAGAGGUUAAAUUAUGUCUGCGAUGCUGGCUAACUGGUACCCUGAUCUAAUUAGUAGUAUCAUCAGUAUGGAAUUUCCUUGCACAUUCCCCAAACGUUAUUUCAUGAGGAAACCAGUGGUAGCAUUACAAAAUGUUGGCUGUUUUCUUAAGCUAAACCACAACAGAUACAACAAUGUUACAACCAAUCAAUUAUGUACAAUGUGAAAUAACUUUGUGGUUGUUACAUGUACCUUAAUAGUUGGAUGCUGAUAACUUUGAGAAAGAAGGUAAACUUGCAGAGAUUCGUGCUCAAAGAGGCUACACUUACAGUGACUGCAUUACAUGUACUCCUGAAAAACUACCAAACUAUGAGCAGAAGGUUUGUAAAGCCAGUUAAUGGACAUACACAUAAUAAAGGCUGGUCAGAGUCAUCAGCAGAGUCAUAAGGUUGCUUAUAACUGACACUUGUGACCUAGUUAAAAAACAAAUGGUGCCAUAAGGAGAGUCAUCAAUGAGACAUGUAUGUAAUCAGAGUUUGAGGAAUUAAAACAUUUUCAUCUUCUUCCAACUCUGCUUUUGAAUCUGUCACUUAUGAUCUAAUGAAAACCCGAUUGUUGGGCUUGGAAGCAGAAGUGGAAGGAUAAACCAUUUGAAAACAGUUCUUGCUAAUUAAAGUGUUUCAAAAUGAAAACUGCAGACUUGUAAGGCCAUUUGUGAAAAUGUUCGUUAUGAAGUGGAAAUGUCAGUAAGGACUUUUGGAAAAAAAAAAAAAAAAAAAAAAUAGAUAAAUAAAAUUACAGUGGGUUAUUAGCUAUUUACAUACUAGACAAUGAUGACAACGAUUAAUUUUUCUCCAAGUACAUGUACCAUUUGAUUUCUUUUCCUUGAGACUACUUUGCUCCAAUCCCCACUCCAAUUUUUUGGUAGUCUGGAUCAACCAUUUUUUUAGAUAGCAGCAGGAGCCUUUGCGGAGAAGAGAGGGGGCAAAAAACAGUUUGUUACUCUUAAUGUUGUGACUAAAACCCUGACAUUCAACUUGUUAAGUGAAGUGGCCAGUCAGCUGCCCACUACAUGUACAUUGUAUGUGUUACAGGUCAAAAUUGAAAUCAGGUCAAACCUAGGUCAACCUAAUAAGGUUGAUCUCGAUUUCCUGGUCUCCUAGCCCUAAUUAUCCGUGAACUACCUACUGUAGGUUUAAAAAAAAAUAUAAAAAAAACCUAACUCGAAUUUAAUUUGGACCUGCAGCAUAUAGGUUGAAAAUGUAGGUUUUGUAAUUUGAUCUAAAAAGAAUCAGUUUUAAAAUGAACUUAAGGUUUCUUUCAUUGUUUUCCUUAGAUCAAGAUGUUCUUUGAAGAGCAUCUUCAUUCAGAUGAGGAAAUCAGAUUCAUUAUGGAUGGUAGUGGAUAUUUUGACAUCAGGAAUUAUGAAGACAAGUGGGUCCGCAUUUUUGUAGAAAAGGGUGAUUUGAUUGUUCUUCCAGCUGGAAUUUAUCAUCGCUUCACGUUGGAUGAUAAGGUCAGGAUUGUUUGAGUGUUAUCCUUCAAUUUUGUUUCAUUUUUUUUUCUUGUAUACAGUCAAACAUCCAUUAAGUAGUCACCUACAAGUGGCCAGCCUUCAUUAGGCAGCUAAAGUGAUCAAAGUCCUGAAAUACUUUUAGAAAAGAAUGGAAAAUUAAACCUCUGUUAAGUAGCCACCAUCAAGUGGCCACGGCGACCUUUUGGCUGUCCCAAUGAGAGUUUUCCGAUUGUUGUUUUCCCAUUGUUGUCACCUCUAUUAAGAGGCCAUCAAACACUUGAUACAUUUCACCUGAUGACAUACGGUCACGUGACUACCAAAAUUUCUUGGAUGCAUAGAUAACCAAAUGUUCUUACCCAUAGUGCUAAGCUGUGUGUGAAAGACCCACUAUGAAAAGUUGCUUUGCCCUGGGUAGCAUGGCUUGGCAGGUGACUCUUCUACCCAGGAUGACUUUUAUCUAAAUAAACAGGGCCUAAUAAUUAUCACUCGUCAUUUCCUUGCCUGACUCCAAGACAAAGGAAGAAAGACUAUGGACCAAAGAUAAAAGUGCAUGUCUCAUAGAACCAAACUUACAGAAUAAUUUCUACGUCUAAAACACAGACACUUCUUGCCCCUUGUAAGGGAUUCCAAGACAGUCUUGGAUUCUGGAUUCUAUGCCUUGAAUUCCAGAAUCCAGGUACUUGAUUCCAGUCUUUGUCAGUUGUACUUGGAUUCUGUAUUCCUUGGGCUGUAUUCCGUAUUUUAAAGCCCGGGAUCCCAGAUUCCAUGGGCAAAAAUAUCAUGGAUUCCAGAUUCCACUACCAAAAGUUUCCCAGAUUCUGGAAUCUGGAUUCCUUAGAUGGGGGACAUUUCUGAAACAUGAAAACUUGGCUUUUUCUCUUUGGUAUCCGUAUUCAGCAAACAUAUUUUGAUGGUUAUUCCUUGAUUUCUUUUCUUUUUAAUGUAGAAUUACAUCAAAGCCAUGAGGCUGUUUGUUGGUGAACCAGUGUGGACGCCUCACAACAGGCCAUCUGAUGGCCAUCCAUCACGUGUGCAAUAUGUUAAGCAGAUGGAGGGUGGGAAGUUCUCCCUAUCAACAUAA